CGAGGCUCGGGCUCCGGGGCUCUCGGGCGCCGCCCUCCCGCAGAGCCGCCUCGCUCGAGCCCUGAGUGCUGUGUUCCCGCGAGCCUUCCUGGAAAAGGCAGCGUGGGCUAAGGCAGGCCCCAGCCAGCGCCCUGAAUCCCGGCGGGGGUCCGCUGGGCACUGCCGCCACACGCGGUCAGCGGCCGACUUCCCCUCUGCGCAUGCGCGGCGGCCGGGAAGCGGGAGUGUGUAAACGGCUGUCCUCGACGCCCCUGGAAGUCCUGUUCUUCCUGAAUGGCUGGUAUUGCGCGACCUACUUCCUGCUGGAACUCUUCCUGUUCCUGUAUAAAGGUCUCCUGCUGCCCUACCCAGCGGCCAACCUGGUCCUGGACGUGGUGAUGCUCCUGCUGUACCUUGGAAUUGAAGUAGUCCGAUUGUUCUUUGGUACAAAGGGAAAUCUGUGCCAGCGGAAGAUGCCCCUUGGCAUCAGUGUGGCCCUCACCUUCCCGUCUGCUGUGAUGGCCUCCUAUUACCUGCUGCUGCAGACCUACGUGCUCCGCCUGGAAGCCAUCAUGAACGGCAUCCUGCUCUGCUUCUGUGGCUCAGAGCUGCUGCUGGAGGUGCUCACCCUCGCCGCUUUCUCCAGUAUGGACAAGAUUUGAGGUGCAAACAUUGCAGCCCGUGGCCCGUCAGGCCGACACACACUGCAGCACUUCAGCCCCAGCCCUGAAAAGCGGUGGGUGUGUCGUAUUGCCCGGAAAAGGUCAUACAGCUUUUUGUCAGCACCGACACCCAGGAAGCCUGCUGGAUGACCAGUGGGCGCCCUCAGCCAGGAGACUACUCCACGGCGGGAGGGGCAGGCUAGCCCCAUCCUGGCCUUUGUCCGACAGUUCCUGGCCAUCUUCAAGUCCUCUUUGACCGCCUUGGUUGGAGCAUCUUGUGUGGAUCACUGAGGCUCCUGGACAUGCCGUGCCACACCUGGUUGUCCCUCACACACCCAGAGACAUUAGGGUGGUGCUGGGGGGCCGUGACAGGUGCCUCACUAGGCCUCCAGGACCUCUAUAGUAGCACAUAGUGUUAUUUUUCUACUUUGAUCAUGAAGCAAGCCUUUAUAAUAAAUACGUAUUUUCCAUUGUG